CUUUUCUGGCUGAAUGAGUUCUCAUUGAGGGCCCUGAGCAAUGGCACUUGUAGGACUUGCGGAAGGUGCCGCAGUUGUGCCUUCCUAAACUUCACCUCCGACCAAGGGAGCCACAAACUUGCACCCCGCCUGGACACCUUGACUAACCAUCCUCGAACACUCUUACUACCCCUCUCUGUCAUCGUGCACUUCUUCAUUUUUGUCGUGUAAGUCAUGCCACCGGCACGAGCUUCCACUGCGCAGCGAGACGAAGCGUUGGCGUCGACCAGUCAAACCCCCGCAUCCCUCCUAUGGGGCCAUCAACUGAAGCGAGAGCAUGGCUACCUGCUCGAGCGGAUGAAGAAAGUAGAGCGGGAGCAUGACGCCUUUGACGCCCGUAUCAGGGUGGUUGAAACAUCUUCAGAUGCUAUGAGAGGGGCUGUCAAAGAUGUCAAUAGACUGAUCGAGGAAGACGGCAGACUGGAAGAUGCAACCAAAGCCUGGAUUACAUCGGCAGAAGGACGUCUGGACAAGUUCGAAGAGGCGGCCAAGAAGACCCAAUCCUUGCAACCGCAAUUGUCAGAGCUGGAGGCACGGUUCGAAGUGAAUGAUGGUCAGAUCCAGCAGAUGUUGUCAGACCAUCGAUCCAUUCUUCAGAAGAUCAGGGCUUUCGACGCGGAGUUGCAGCUGAAGAAAAGCGAAGUGGACAGAUUGAUGCAGAUGAAUGAGGCUGUGAAUGUACGGGAGCUCCUAUUGCGUAUCAGCACUUUGGAACACCAUCAGGCGCAAGGACAGGAGCAGGCCACAGCCAUGCAAGACAAGAUCCACGCUCUGGAAAGGACAUGUAACGCAUACGAAGCCCAGAAUGCCGAGUUGCAGGCUCGUCUUGAUAAUAUCCUUCUACAGCAGGAGCGGUCCGGUUCGCAUACACAGAUCCCUACCCAAGUUGUAGACUCCUCAGUAUUACCAAUGCCUCCGCCGGCGACGUUAUCGACAACAGAUUCCCUCCCAGCUUGGAUGAUCAUAGACUCGCAGGCACAACCACCUUUAUCAAUGGAGGUGCCGACGCAAGUCCUACCGUCAUCACUUCCGGAUGCACAAGUCCAAGUACCGGCGACCUCAUCAUUAGAGCUGACCCAAGCGCAAACCUCCGCUUCUCUCCGUGAAGAGUCUCCACUUGUCAAUGCACAGCUCAGGAGAACCAAUAGAACAGAGCAGCCAGUCGAACCCGGGGCACUCUCACGGCGACUCGAUGUCCCAUGGACAAAUGCACGAGCGAAGACACCGGUCUCGACGCAAACCCAAGACUUGGACGCUCCAUACAUCCGUCCUCAUGUUCCAAACUCGGGCAGGAGAAGGAAAGCAUUGCCGACGUAUUACCCGCCUCAGACUCGUAGUCAAGUCAAAUCACAGCUCAGUCGGAUAGAGAACGUCGCGGAUUGUCGGCCUACCAAGUUGGUCAUCUUGAAAAUGCCGGACGCGUGGAAGCAGGAUCCUUCCAUCUCGUCUAUUCCUCCACCACUACGCCAGGCACAGCCAGCCGGCGCAAGAAAGGCAGCUUGGGAACGUCAAAGAGAUAUACAUGGUCGAUUCGUAGCCAAGAAACGGGACGCAAAGCCCAACUCGAGCAUACAGAAGCGGAAAGCGAAGCAGCAAAAAUCGAAAAUCAAUAGCAGAGACAUGGAGCAAUUAGAAGCGUUGAAAUCGUUCCUGAAGGCGUAAGGCAAGUCGUCCCGCAUAGCUUGGAACGAAAGGUCCAGCUGAGGCA